AUGCUGAAACUUGCUAAGAUAAUAAGUGGUCAUUCAAAUAAGAAGAAAAAGGAAGAUAUUAAUGCGUUGCGUAAAUCUGCAGAUACUUUCAAAGAUUAUUCUGCCACUUCAAUAGUUGACCAAACUGAUCAUACAAAUUCGUCGAUAGUUAAUCAAAUUGAAAACACUUCAACAGAUAACACUUUUAAUGUUGAAUCUACAUCUUCCACAGAGGAAGAUCCUGUAUGGUCAACAAUUGAAUGGAAUGUUCAAUCUUCCGGAAUUGAUGAAGUCUCAAUAAUAACAUCAAAUGUAUGGGAUGAUGAUAAUCAGCAACAAGUUCGUAAUAUUCGUAAUAGUAGUAGUAGAAAAGAUGGAAUACUUAGAGAUGAUUUUGAAGAAAAUGUAUGGGCCGAUGUACAGAUUGUUUCUUCUAUACCUAGUUACUCUUUUUCAACCGCUGAGUUAUCAAACGAUAUCGCACAAACAGAGAAUCAUGGUAAUAAAAUACCGCUUACGUUACAUGAAAAAGUUGGUCAGCUCGCACAGGAGACAUUAAAGAGCCAGGGAUUAUUAACUCCUCCAAGUUCGCCUAUACCACAAAACAUUGAAAAUGUGUCUUUAUUUUCGUCUACUAAAGAGAGCGUUGGGCUCAGGGGUGGAUCGUUUUACGAAGAUAAAGCAAUAAAUUCUAAAGUUAAUACAUCUGAAAUAGAUCAAAUGGAUCAUUUUAACGCGGACGCAUCAUUUGGUGUUUCUAAUAUUAAGUCAUCUUUUGACGAUCUUUUAACCGAGUCCGCGGAAGGUGGUAAAGAUUCCACAUAUAAUGCAAAUAUUGAUAGAUGUGAUGAUCUUUUCGUUGUAAAUAGAAAAGUGGACAAGAAUAUCAGUUUAGACUCGAAAGAAUCAAUUGGUUCCGCAGAACAUAGUUAUAUUAAAGAUGCCGAAAUUAGUGGGCAAGAAGUUGAUCGUGAAAGUAAUAUUGCAAGAAUAGAGAAUGUUCAAAAUGAUAUUAUGAAUCUAGGAAACCAUGAUUUUAUUGAUUAUAGCGAUCACUUUGAAGUUCUGACUGAUGAUAGAAAAAGCAAUCAGGGCCUAGCAAUAAAUUUUGAUCAUCUUGGGUCGCUUUCUGAUUCGGCUUCUCUUUGGACUGCUGUUUUGGACAUACUUGAUAAUUCUAAAAAACUUAGCCAAUCUAUUGAUGAAAUGUCUCCGUCCAUCGAAGAUCUUGUAUAUAAUGCUCAGGAGUAG